GCAGGCCUGCAUCAGCAUCGGGAGCGCCUGCUCCGGCUGGUCGUCGGAGCUGUUUGCUGCAAAGCGACUGGGCCUGCGCGAAGUGUGGUCGCACCAGCGCUUCUUCACAGACGUGUUCGAGCCGGCCUUCCUGCAGGACACCCACUCCGUCGACUGCUUUGUCACUGGCCCGCCAUGCCAGCCAUACUCUGUUGCAGGCCAGGCAGGCGGAGAGAACGACCACCGGUCGCAACCCAUGCUGCGAGUUCUGCAAUGGAUUGACAUGCACCGACCCAAAACGUUUCUCGUGGAAAACGUGGCGGGCCUCCUCUUGCGCCACGAGCAGCUGCUUGAGGAGGUAGUGGAAUUUCUUGUGGGCCUCCAGGACAGAGACGGCCAA